CGGACGGGACAGCACGGACGGGACGGGCGGUCGCCCGGCGCCAGAAUGGUUGCCUGGGGAAAACAGCACUGCUGUGUUGGCAGAAUACAGGAUAUUUUCUUGAGAUUCAAGAUUGUUCAAGCAGUCCUUUUACUUCAGUUGUUCUUGGCUACAGCAAGCAAAGAUCAGGAGGAUUUCCUAGGGCGAUACAAAGCCGUCUUUAAGACUGCAUGUGAAGAUCCUUGGCGUAUGUCACCAAGAAUUUCUCUGCGUUCCUUGAGAGAAUUCCUUGUCUGUGUGCACCUCAAGCUGUAUUCCUCAAACAAUUCAUGGACAGCAUAUGUAUACACUGAAAAAACUCUUCACACCAAUCUCUCUGCAAAUAAGUUUGAUCUUGGACUUACAGGAGAUCGUGGUAAAUUGAAGAUAUGGUUGUUUGGAAAACAAAUAAGCACAUCAAUAAGACUUCGUAAAAACACUUGGAACCAAAUAUGUAUCCAGUGGAAAAGUGACAAUGAGGAGGUGAAGGUAUUCAUAAAUGGAUCAGAAAAAUUACACAAGAAACUAAAUGGGAAAUUUUCCUUGCCUGCAAAAGGCGAGUUCUUACUUGGCUGUUCAAAGCUGCAAGGUACAGCUACAGCACCUCUCCAGGGUAUGACUGGGGAGCUGUACCUGUUCAGAAUGUGGGACAAGGCAAAUAUAACACAAUCUAAGGACUGCCAGGAUAGUGGUGUUAUACGCUGGAGAAAGGAGGAUUGGAUCUAUAACACGACAGUAGAAGAGGAUAACUCUUUGCAAUGUGUUGAAACUACUGCUACACUGCCUAGCAGAAAAAUAACAGAUUCUGAAGAAUCAGCUGCAACAACAAUUUUUGAUAUGUCUUCAGAGGAGACUACACAAAGUACAGAAGCCCUUACCACGACAGAUUAUUACUCCACCAUCACACCAGCAGGAGAAACCAUUAUAUGCAACAUAACACGUGCCUGUAAUUAUUCAGUAUUCUAUGUGGGCAAGGUAAAACUUCGGGCAAGUGAAGAAAGUAAUGCAUCACUAAAUGUAGAAAUAAUUAAUAACAUAACCACCCACAAUCAAGUCAAAAAAUUAAUUGAAAUUCCAGCACAUACCCCACAAGAACUGAGCAUUUCAGAGUUCAACAAAACCUUGCAAGCAGUAAGUGAGUCCUCUGUUAUGGAAUGCAGUGCAGAAAACCAGAGUACACACUGCAAUUUCAUAAUGAAGCUGGCUGAGAGAGAGAAUAUAAGCAGUUUAACACAAAAGGCAAAAAUAAGUCAACUUGAUCAGUGCUGCUGUUCAUCGCUGAAGUACUGUUCCUUGACUGCUGAAGAAUUACGAAUGUAUACUAUACAAGUGCCACCUCAUUUUAUAUGGGUUCCUUCCCCUCAUUCUCCUUCUCUCCCUAAAAAGACUUUCCUCAAAUCUUUUAUUCCCCCCACUAUGCUUUCUGCUAAACAAAGCUCCACAAUUAGACCACUGAUCCCACCAUACACAGAAAUUUAUUUUUCUGGAACUCUUUCCACAUCUCCCCUUACAAGCCCUCUCUCUGAAAACUCUAUGCCUUCCACCAGUGUUACCACUACACGCUCCUCUUCCGAGUCUCUUGCUCAACCUACCAUGCCAACUUUUUCUUCCAUAACUUCCAACAAAUCCAUCACUGUUCCCAUACCUGCAACAAAAUCUGUCACUAAUACUGCUUUCUCAAUUAAAUCUGAUGCUGCACUCCUAAACAAGACUGUUACAAUACUUUCUCCUUCUGUAGCUUACACUAAACAUUCUUCACUUUCUUCUUCUGAGCCUCACAAACUUGCAAUUUUAAAUCGCCCCUUUGAGGCAAUCACCGAUUCUGUUGCACAAAUUCCCCCUGCUUCAAACCAACCUAUAUCUGCUCACAGAAAUGUCAGUACAGUACCUAUCGUUCCCCUUACUCCUUUCACAAUAUCUUUGACCCCUACUGCUAGUCCUGUCAACCGUUCCGUCUCAGCUUCUCGUCCUCAUUCUACUGCUGAUGGCCAUGGGACCCCAGGAAAAACCCUUUCUGCUACCACAAAUAUAACUUCUCUGCACACCACCAUUAGUAUCGCCACAGCUGAGCAAAUUGUGUCCAAAAUAGAAAAUGAUUUAGCAGCUGGAAAAAUAGAGCCAAAAGAUGUAGAAAGGAUGGUUAGUGAGGUGAGCACUAUCCUCACUGCUUCUCAGCCACUACCACCACGAAUUUCUAACAGAAUUAUAAAGCUGGUGGACUAUAUUGGCUUAAAACUAAACUUAUCAGCAUCAUCUGCUGAAUUUGUCUCCCCUUCCUUGGCUCUGGCAGUUGUCCAAACCAACAGAAUCCGCUCCAACCAAAUGUCUUUUACUGUCCAGGACUCAGCUGAUCUCCAGAUCUCUCUAGGAGUUCAGCCAAUUCAGAAUUUAAAUAAUCUUGGAUCAAUUACACUUCCUCCAACGUUGCUGAAAAAUUUACGCACUGAAGAGUUGGACUUGGCUUCUAGAAUUAUAUUCAACUUCUUUAAAAAGGCCACUGUGUUCCAGGAUCUGUCCUUGAAGAAUGCAUCUUUAAUCAGCAGUGUUAUAUCAUCAAGCGUUGCUAACCUCACAAUUAGUAAUUUAACGGCAAAUGUUACUGUCAUUUUGCAGAACAUCAAGCCUAAUCAGGAUAAUUCAACAGUUAGAUGUGUUUUUUGGGACUUCAAUAAAAAUGGUGGGCAUGGAGGCUGGUCAUACGAAGGUUGCACAGUCAAAGAAAGUAGAGUAAAUGAAACAGUCUGCUCAUGCAACCAUCUCACAAGUUUUGCAGUUUUGAUGGACUUGUAUGGAAAUACUCCUCUGAAUCCCACACAAGAAUUGGUACUGACUUUUAUAUCAUAUAUAGGCUGUGGCCUCUCUGCAAUUUUUCUUUCUGUUACUCUUGUGACCUACAUAGCCUUUGAGAAAAUCCGGAGAGACUACCCUUCCAAAAUACUUAUUCAGCUGUGUGCUGCAUUACUUCUACUCAACUUAGUUUUUCUCCUUGACUCAUGGAUUGCACUGUAUGAUACACAAGGCCUAUGCAUUGCAGUUGCAGUAUUUCUUCACUAUUUCCUCUUGGUUUCCUUUACCUGGAUGGGCCUGGAAGCUUUCCACAUGUAUCUGGCCCUUGUGAAGGUCUUUAACACCUAUGUACGGAAAUACAUUCUUAAAUUUUGUCUUGUUGGUUGGGGGUUACCAGCAAUAGUUGUGUCCAUUGUGUUGGCAGUAUCACCAGAUAAUUAUGGACUUAUAACCACUGGAAAGGUUUCCAUAAAUGGACCUGAUGAAUUCUGCUGGAUCAAAAAUAGAAUUGUCUUCUAUAUUACUGCUGUGGGAUACUUCUGCCUGAUAUUCCUGAUCAAUAUCAGCAUGUUCAUUGUUGUGCUGAUCCAGCUCUGUCGUAUCAAAAAGAAGAAACAACUCGGUGCUCAAAGGAAAACCAGUAUCCAAGACCUUAGGAGUGUUGCUGGCCUCACAUUCUUGUUGGGAAUUACUUGGGGGUUUGCUUUCUUUACAGUAAAUGAGGUAUUUACUUACCUCUUUACUAUUUUCAACACUUUGCAAGGGUUCUUCAUUUUCAUCUUCUAUUGUGUAACAAAGGAGAAUGUCCGUAAACAGUGGAGAAGAUAUCUUUGUUGUGGGAAAUUCAGGCUGGCUGAAAACUCUGACUGGAGUAGAACUGCUACAAAUGGUUUAAAGAAGCAGGCUGUAAAUCAAGGAGUAUCCAGUUCUUCCAACUCCUUACAAUCAAACAGUAACUCCACUAACUCUACAACACUGCUAAUGAAUAACGAUUAUUCAGUCCAUGCAAAUGGCAAUGGCCAUCUUUCCAGUGAGAAGAAUGGUGUUUGUUUCAGUAUACAGAAUGGUGAUGUGUGUCUGCAUGACUUUUCAGGAAAACAACUUGUAUUCCAAGACAAGGAUGAUACUGGCAGCCAAGAGAGCCAAAUCUCACUCAGAAGGACUUCAAAGAGAGGAAGCCUAAGUUCUAUGGAGAAAAUGUGAUUUCCUUUUAAACAGCACAUUGUUUUACAGCGUGAAGUAGAGUUUUACUUUAGCAGUUUUACAUAAUGUGAGCAGACCAAGAACUGGUUUUAUUUAAUAUAUGGUACUGGAACUUCAAGGCAGCCAUGCAAUGGAUUGACAAGGACAAUUAUUAAAAAAAAAAAAAGAAAAGAAAAGGAACCUGUUAUUUUGACAAGGUCUUGGAUGUCAGAUUACAGCUGGCACACUUCAAUUUUUUUUUCUUCAUCAGAGUGGGUUUUUUGAGGGUUUUUUUAACAUUAAACAAAAGUUUUAUUUAGACUUUUUUCAUUACAGUUAAGUUUAUCUGGAUACAAUGCUUAGUAGUACUGUAUAAAUGUAGAAUGUUACAACUUGUGCAUACAAACGAUGUUAACUUUAAAAAUGUUAGCUACACUGUCUUCAACUUUUUGUACGUUUUAGUAGCAAACUCUGCAGUGAUGUACAUAAGCAGAAAAUAUCAACCUUUAAGCAUCUCAAUGAUACUUCUAUAUUUAUUUCUUGUAAUAUAAAUUUAAAUAUACCUAUGUAUAGAAAAAUAAUUGGUAUUUUGUUUGUAACUUUUAUUGUGAGUUUGCAUUUUUCUUUAGUUAAUUAUGUUUAACAUAGAAUGGUACAAAACUUAAUUUGUCCAGUAAGUGGAUCACUUACAGUGGUUUGAAUAUAUUCACUAGAUGCAGAACUGUAAAUAACAAACACAAUCGUCUUGAACCUUUAGCUACCUUUUAGUACACCAUAGAGGGAUAGAAAUUGGGUAUAAUUCAAGUAGAGUGCCAUGAAUGGAAUAUUAAAUAAAGUAGUCAGUAGGUUAUUAAGUACAGCUAAUCUGUGUUGGUGGCUUGAGUGAAGUCAUCAGUUUUUGCCAUUGAUUUCACCAGGGUCAGUAUUUAUAUUGAAUGGUGAGACACUGCUGUUUUUCAUUUGCAAU